AUGCGCGAACCUGGAAUCGAAGCUCUGGGAAGGAUUAUAUCUACCCAAGCGCUUCACGACUCGCCAGAGCGCUAUCCUUUGCAAUGCCACCCCGGUACCCGCAAGAGGGUCCUAGAGUCAAUACUUCGUUGGAUCGACGCCGACCCCUCCCCCUCUUGCCGCGUUUUUUGGCUCUACGGGCGACCGGGUGUCGGCAAAUCAGCCAUUCUGAAGACUAUUACCGAUGAGCUGGCAGCGACACGUCCAGGAACAUCAAGACGACGGCUUGCGGGAAGCUUCUUCUUUCGACGAGGACUGUCGUCUUGCGAAAACGCCAUCCACCUCUUCCCGACGCUGGCUUAUCAGAUGGCGUUGAACGUCCCUGGGAUGCGCAGCGCCAUCAACCAGGCCAUGGUUUUCGACGUGACGAUUCCUUCCAAAGCGUUGGAGGUGCAGAUUUCCAAACUCAUAAUCGAGCCGUUUCAACGUGUAUGCGGCGCCAGACAAUCCGAGAAUUCGACGUUACCUCCCGCUUCAAUUGUCAUUAUCGACGGACUCGACGAGUGUGCUGAAUCCUGUCAUCAAAAGGCGAUUCUCACCGCUAUCACAGCAAUGUUUGUCAACCACCCCGACAUCCCUGUCCGCUUUCUUAUCGCCAGUCGGUAUGAGCACCACCUCCGCUCUGCGUUCGACAGACCGCCGCUGCGUGACGUCACCCAGCGCAUUUACCUCGACGAUUCAUUCCCAGUCCAUGAGGACAUACGGUUGUUUUUCGAGGACAAAUUCGCCGAGAUCUAUAACGAGAAUCUGGAUAUCAUGAAAUCGUCUGCGCGCCUACCGUGGCCGGGUCGCAUGACCAUCGACAUGCUCACUGCUCGUGCUGCUGGCCAAUUCAUUUACGCGGUGACUGUUGUCAGAUUUGUUGGCGCUGAGGGAUGUCAUCCCUGUAAACAAUUGGACAAUGUCUUGGCGAGUUCGAAGGCUACCGCGACCCGGCGUGCAGACGUUGGGUUUUCCGCGCUUGACAAUCUUUACAUGCAUAUCCUAUCGGCCCAUCCAAAUCAGACGCUGAUUCGUGACAUCCUUCAGCUCGUUCGCAACAUGAAAUGUUUCUACAUCUCACCUCGGAGUAUUGCUGCUCUUCUUGAAAUCGAUGAAAGCGCCAUCUCCUUAGCAAUCCGUUCUCUCAGCUCUCUGUUGGCAAUUUACCCCACGAUUUCAGAGGAAUCGAAUGAAAAAACCACGCGUUUCGCAGCUUUGUAUGGGAGAACGGACAAGGGUAUUGGUUUUAUUCACCGUUCGUUGACCGAUUUCCUGGAGGAUGCAAGCCGAUCUCGUAGGUUCCACAUUUUUCGCUCUGACAGCCAUGUACCGACUUUACUCCGCAAUCUCGCUCUUCGUUGUCUACGCUCGAUGACAACUAGGGAUGCACCGUGGUAG